AUGACGCACAAUGGCGCCCACGCCGUCGCCAGCUACGAAGGUGCUACGCUCCAUUUCCGAUCCGACCCCGACGAUUCCGUUGCAAUCGCACCUCUCACCGUUCCAACCAUGUGGCCAGACCUUAUUCAGAAAUCCAAAGAUGGAGGAAUUGAUGUCAUUGAGACUUAUGUUUUCUGGAACUUACACGAACCUGUUCGACGCCAGGUUCUGUUCUUUUUCAUUGUCUUUCCACUUUCAUAUUGUUAUUCUUCUGUCUUUUACAUUGCAGUUUUUAGCAGCAGCAGGUCUAUAUGUUCAUCUCCGGAUCGGUCCAUACGCUUGUGCAGAAUGGAAUUACGGUGGUUUCCCUCUUUUGUAUGGUUGUUUCUUGGAUUCUACUGGGUAACUGCUGGUGGUCAGAGUUUGACAAGGGUUUCACCUCAGCUUUACUGGCUCUGUAUCACAUUUCUUGCUUUCGACGUUGCAAUUGUUGUGAUUUGUGUUACUGUUGCGUGUCUCAUUGGAAUUGCCGUUUGCUGUUUUCUUCCAUGCAUACUUGCUAUUUUGUAUGCAGUGACUGAUCAGGAAGGGGCAACCAAGGAAGAGAUUGACCUGUUGCCAAAAUACAAGUUCAGAAUAAUAAAGGAACUUAAAAAAGAAGGUGAUGCCCAAGAAUCAUCGAGAGGAGUGAUGACGGAAUGUGAAAGUGGUUCAGCUUCUGAGCAUAUUAUUGCCUUAGAAGAUGCAGAAUGUUGUAUCUGCCUUUCGGCCUAUGAUGAUGAAGCUGAACUUAGAGAACUUCCUUGCAAUCACCAUUUUCAUUGCACAUGCAUUGACAAAUGGCUGCUCAUCAAUGCCACCUGUCCUCUCUGCAAGUUUAACAUUUUGAGCACUGAUAACCUCCAAGAAGUUUGA